CUUUACUUGAGUACUGGAAGUGUUAGAUUUGGGAUCCUUUUGAAGAUGUCUGUUUUGUACUCUGACUCUGAUGAGUAUGACAUCAUUACUGUCUUAGGAAAGGGAACAUUCGGAGAAGUGACAAAAUGUUGGAAAAGGGCCUCCGGCGAAUAUGUGGCCAUAAAGAUAUUACAAAACUAUAAUUUCCGGAAAGGGGUCAUCAAGUGCGAGCUUAAAAUACUGAGAAUGUUGGAAUCUGUAGAUUCAAACAAGUUCUGCAUUGUUCAGUUUGUUGAGUCAUUCAGUGAUGAUUCCAAGCUUUGUCUUGUGUUUGAACUUCUGGAGCAAAGUCUGUAUGAGUAUCAGAAGGAAAAUGAAUUUGUUCCACUACCAAUCAAGCAUAUUCGCUCCAUCACAAAGCAAGUGCUGAUUGCUCUGCAGAAACUGAAGGAGCUCUCUAUUGUCCACACAGACAUCAAACCUGAAAAUAUCAUGCUCGUUGAAAAGGCCCAAUUUCCAUUCAAAAUAAAGCUGAUUGAUUUUGGCUCUGCUUGCUUAUUGCCUGAUAUUCAGCAGUUUAAAGGGCCAUACAUCCAAUCUAGAUUUUACCGAGCACCCGAGAUCUUACUUGGCUUGCCCUUCUUUGAAAAGUUGGACAUGUGGUCUCUCGGCUGUGUGAUGGCAGAACUUCACCUUGGUUGGCCCAUCUAUCCUGGUACCAAUGAGUAUGACCAGAUCAGGUAUAUUGUUGAAACACAAGGGCUACCGAGUGAUCAAAUUUUGGAAGCAGCCAGCAAAACCCACCAUUUCUUUAAAAAAGCUCGUCAGCCUAAUUCAAUGUAUAAAUGGAGGCUCAAAUCAAUAGAUGAAUAUCAAGCAGAGACAAUGGUGCAUCCUCUGGAGACCAGAACAAGAAGUCUGAAUUCACUUGACCAGCUAGCAACCAUCAACACCAAAACUAUAUUUCCAGAUAAGGAAUUGAAAGCUGAACUGUUUGACCAGUAUAUGAUGGUGGCUCUCAUAAAGAAAAUACUCAUUUUCGAUCCAAGGCAGCGCUUUGCUGCAAGUGCAGCUUUAAAGCACCCAUUUAUCACAAUGCAGAAGCUCAAGUCAAAAUACAAAAAUACAAAAUACUACAAUAUAUCAGCACAGGCCCUCCAUAUAGCUUUAGCUCCCUGUAAGAAAGCUGAAGGUCACUUUCAUUGCUGUCAAAGCUUCAUAAAGUGUUGUUAUUUAAAUAAUCAACAUUAUGAAUCAGUGCAUGUACACCAAAAGCCUCAAGCCAUUAAACAAUCAAUGGAAGAUGACUCGGAUCAUUCAGUUAUGGAUGAAUUUGAAAAAGAGGUUAGUUCUCAACUGUAUUGA